CUUAGCCUGAGGGCUUCAAAUUUAUCGAGCCUGCCGUCUCGCUACGCGUCUCAUCAGCAAGGACCAAGUGCGUGAGAACAUGUUCGCUGCGUUGAACCCUCCCAACCGACCCCGAACAAACCACAUAUCUACAGUACCUGCCCUCAUUCCCACCUCAACCCCACCCACAAAUGGCAGGAGAAACCCCCGCCCGAAAGCUCACACCAAUCUUCGGCACAACCUUCGCCGACUUCGGCUAUAAAAUCGACUCAGAAACCCGGUUACGGCAGAUCGCCAAUGACGAGCCGUUCGAAUUCAACGUCCGCCAGGGGGAUAAGCGGUGGAAUCAGAUGCAUUAUGAGGCACUUGCUGACGUAGUUGGGAAAUACAUUGAAGACGAGCUUGUAGCGACGCAUGGAUUCGAUAGGGUCGUGAUACCGGUGGAUGCGAAUCUGACGGAGCCGACGAGCAAGAUUUUCCUCACUCCCGACGCUUUUACGGCGGAUAGACUGCUUCUGCUCGUUGCUGGCGUCGGCGUGAGCGUCGGACAGUGGGCGAGAAGCAUCGUCAUGAAUGACAGCAUCAAUGAGGGGUCUUUCUUCAACUACAUUGUACAAGCGAAGAGCGAGGGGUAUGGGAUUGUUGUGCUGGAUCCGAACGAAACGCGAGAUUCGGCGACGGAAAAACCUAUCCGAGGAAGCGAAACGGCCGUCAGACACACAUCAUACGUAUGGCAGCAUUUCAUUCGGAAAGCAAAAGCGGCAGGGAUUUUCAUAGUGGCGCAUAGCUAUGGCGGCGUGUGCACGCUAGCUUUACUGGACAAGUAUCAGGACGAGUUUAUGCAACGUGUCACUGCGAUUGCAUUCACGGAUUCUGUCCACGACGUGCGCUCACUCAAGAGCCGUCAAUGUAAAGGAUGGCUACAAAAGAACGCAGUGAACUGGGCAACAUCCGAAAAAUCACUCAACAUCCCGCUCUCAAAAAACAACUCUUCCGGAUGUCUCAAGCGAUCCGCCGGCCAUCCACUACACGCUUACACGACAGUAACGGCGCAAAACUGCGUGUUUAAGUAUUUUAGCGCUAAAUCGCAGCAUCUGGGGGAGUCGGAGGAUGGGAGCGAGGCGAGUGAGAGUGGGAGUGGGAAUGGGAGUGGGAGUAGUAAAACAGCGUCACCGAGAUCACCGAAGCGAGGGUGUGGUGGGGAGAGGGUGAGGGAAUGUGCGCAAUGUUGAGUCAUGCAGCAUUUUACUGAGACCGUCGAGACGACCGCAAACACGAGUCUUUAUCAGACUUAGAUUUUGAAGUCCGGCUUACUCUGGAGACGACUCUGGAUGUCGCAGCGAUCGCUCGCUCUUGCCAGGACUUGCGGUUUCAAGCACCUUUCCUACCGUAGUAGGUAGAACAACUAGUGUCGUAUAGGCAUUUUGAAGGUAGCAAGAACCUGUACUGCAGUAAACAUGAGGAUACCCCUUCCUAGUCCUAUCCUCCAUUUGACCGCACGGACUGUAGUGCCUACGCAUGACAUGGGGGCCG